AUGGCAGAACUCGAGAUCGCCGACACCGACCCGGCUCUCGUCAAUGUCCUCGACCCCCUCCCAGCGCGACAGAAGAGCGCGCUCCUACUCUGCUUCUGCCUUGCUGUCUUCAUGGAUGUGGCAGGAACCUCCGCAGCAUUCAUCAUGACGGCGCCGAUCGCCGCCGACCUCGGCCUCGACAUCGGUAACAGCAUUUGGGUCGUGUAUGCGUACAGCAUCCCUUUCGCAGCCCUCCUCCUGUUCGCCGGACGCGUGUCAGACCUCUACUCUCCGAGCCUGGUAUUCACAGCAGGCUUCCUUGGGUGCGGUAUCCUCAACCUCGUCAUAUCGUUCAUGAACAACAAGUAUGCGUUCUUGGUGCUGCGGGCGGCAAGCGCCGUCUUCGCGGUCUUCACCCUCCCGUCGAGUGUCAACAUGAUCGUGCAGAUGUACCAGAACCGCAAGGAACAGGCAGGGGCGCUGGUAUACUACUCCUUGGCGGGAGCGCUUGCGAACACGGUCGCCUUUGUUAUCGCCGGAGGGUUCCUGGUUGCCUCAUGGAGGUGGUACUUCCGCUUUGUGGCAAUGAUCAUCAUUCCGCUUUCGGGGCUGAGCUUCUGGAUGCUCCCCUGCGUUCAACCCGUUGUCCGGUCGAUGCGAGGAGUGGACAAAUGGAAGCGCAUGGAUGUGCUUGGCGCCGAUCUUCUGCUGGCUCUUCUGGUGCUUUUCAUGCUGGCGUGGACGCAAGUUGAAGGCCAGGGAUGGAGACAUCCGCUUUUCAUUGCCCCGCUCGUCAUCUCGCUUGUACUCCUUCCACUUUUCCUGCUGUGGGAGGACCGGCUUCCUGUCGGCUUCUCCCUGCUCCCGCAUGGACUGUGGCACCUCCCAAACAUCGCACCGCUCGUUCUCUCCGGCCUUACGCUCUUCCUCUGGUACGCGCCUUAUCAGCUUCGCAUGGCGACAUACUUCCAAGUGGUUUUGCGUGAUUCUGCCAUAAUCACGGGUGUCAAAAUCCUCCCCAUGGGCAUCACGGCGUGUCUCGUCGGAGGCGUGGCGCAACAAGCCACAGUUCUCCUCCAGAAACCAAGGUACUCCGUGCCCAUUGCGAGCGCCCUGUGCUUUGGUUCCGGCAUUCUCCUCGCCUUCUCAGGUGGCGGUCAUGGCAAGGACUACUGGCGAUACAUCUUCCCCAGCCAGGUUAUCGGCACCACUGGCGCAAUGACUAUCUACGUCGUCAUGAACACUAAUCUCAUCCAGACAUUCCCCCAAGGGUUUGCCGGGGUCGCAGGUAGCUUCGUCCAGGUGCUCUUUCAAGUUGGCGCCGCGAUCGGCAAUGCCGCGCAGGCGGGCUUCCUUGGUUCCCACACCAAUCCAGCAGAGCAGAGUGUGGCGCUGGCUGACUGGAAGCGUUCGCGUGACAGCUUCUUCUUCACCUCGGCGGUGAUCGCCGCAUCGGGGAUCGCCUUCGCUGUCCUGUUCCGCCACGAUCGCAUGUCCAACGUCGUGGCCACAAAUGAGAAUGCCGCAGCUGAGGCGCAACGCGAGGCCGCGCGGGAUGCGGAGGCGCGCCAGAGUAGUGACGUCCCUAUCAUAAACUGA